UCUCAGAAACUCAAAAGUUUUACAUGGCUCUCAGUCAAGUUGGAACUGAUUUUAGUCUCAUGACCCCUCUAUUCCCGAACAGGACAAGAAGAGAGCUUAAGGCCAAGUUCAAGCGGGAAGAAAAGCAGCACAGGACUCUAAUAGAAAAAGCACUUCGCGUCCGGAAUCCCAUUGAUGUAGAUCUGUUUACUCCCAAAGUCGACGAAGACGACAUAGACGACGAAUUGGCAGGUACUGAUCCACUCGCCUCAACACCCAUCGCGCAAGAAUAAUGAAGAGGUAUCCACAAACCAUUUACGUGGCUCUUUCAUGUAUGUAAAUCAACUGGACAACACACUGAGCCUGCGAUUUUCGGUGGAGUGGUAAGAGGCUCCAUGUAUGCCGAUCUAUUUACGUGACCGACUGAAGAUCGUGCAAGGUUGUUUGAACAGAAGAGUAGAAAGGAACAUGGAUUGUAUUAUGACUCAACAAUAGCUCGCUAUUUGGGGCUCGAAGGAGAAAUGAAAUAAAACUUCGUGUUGGGAGUUACACUAAGAUUUCCCAGAAAUAACUAAAACAAAUACUCAAGAGGGUAUACAUCAAUGCGCACAUCGUACUCAGGAAUUGUUUACCUACGUUUUUUUUUUUUCCUCCGUUCAUUGAAUAACUUUAUAAAGAUCUGAAUAAAGUGGCGAAGUCAAGUAAACGCCGUUUUCGUAA